AUGCUUUCAGCUGUUGGGGUAGAUGCUAAUGAUUGCAUUUACCCAAUUGCAUAUGCAAUUGUAGAGAAGGAAAACACUAUUGGUUGGAGAUGGUUUGUGAAGCAUUUAGGUGAGGAUCUUAAAAUCACAAAUUGUAAUGAGUGGACGUUCAUGACUGAUAGACAAAAAGGACUACAUAAUGUGCUUGAUGAGUUGUAUCCAUAUGCUGAACAUAGGUUUUGUGUGAGACACAUGUAUUCUAAUUUCUUUAAGAGUGACUUCAAGGGGAAAAUGCUUAAGGACUACCUAUGGAAGGCAGCAAAGUCAACUCAUGUUGCAGAUUAUAGGUUUUGGAUGGGAGAAAUAAGGAAGCAAAACCCAAGGGCAUUUGAUUGGCUAAUGGAUAGACCACCAAAUGAGUGGAGCAAGUCUCACUUCUCAACCAAAACAAAAUGUGACAUCUUACUAAACAAUUUGUGUGAAUGUUUUAACAAGAUAAUUUUAGAGGAUAGAGAAAUGUCAAUUUUGACAAUGUUGGUGUCCAUUCAUAAGGGUUUUAUGAAUAGAAUUCACUUGAGAAGGGAUAAGAUGAGAAAACAUGUUGGACUACUAUGUCCCAAAAUUAUGAAAAGGUUGGAUAAGAACAUGGCAACAGCUAUAUUGUGUGAGGGUGAAUGGUCUGGAGGCUCGCAAUAUGUAGUUUCAUGUAGAUCAGAUGAGUAUGUGGUUGACUUGGAAAAGCACACAUGUGCAUGUCGGAAGUGGGAUCUCACGGGCAUUCCUUGUGAACAUGGAAUCUUUGCCAUUUUGGACCAACGAAAGGAUCCAGUUAACUUUGUUGACCAGUGUUACUUAGUGGAAACAUACAUGAAAACGUACAACAAUAUUGUUAACCCAAUUAAUGGUAAAAGAUUUUGGCCUUUGGUUGAAACAAUUCCAAUAAAGGCACCAGCUUGGUAUCAACCUGCUAGAGGCCGUAAACAAAUGAAGAGGAGGAAGCAACCAGAAGAGGUUAUGAUUUAUCAUUCACAGGGCAAAGCAAAAGUAAAAAAGAAGGGUAGGGUGUUUAUGACUUGUAGUGUAUGUGGAUUAGAGGGCCACAACAAGAGGUACCAUGCUAGAAGGGAUGCCCCAAGAGAAGAGAAUUGGUAUGAUAUUCCACUUGAACGUGUCAUCCCAGAUAUAUCAAGUCAAGAUGCAAUAGGAAAUGGCACAUUUGUUCCACAAAGAGGAAAUACAAGUGAACCAGCAACAACAUACAUUAGUGGCCAGCAAGAGAAAGGGAAAUAA